CUGCCCCGAUGGAGAAUUUGUCGUCUCUUGGACAUCUGACCGGCACAGAGAGGAACACUUUGACAAGACAAAGAGAGCACCGGAUAAAAAAGAGCAUCAACAGGCCAGCGAUGUUGCAAGCUGACCUUUCAACUCCUCGCAGUCAUCAACAGCUCAGGGCGAUGCAUCUGCAGCAGCACUGGCAGGAGCUAAAGGAGCGAGAGCUGACAGCCAAACAACACAACAGACAGCUGCUGCAGCAGUUUGAGGAGGCACAGGACACUCUGAGAGAGAUGAUAACCCUCACUGCGGCCAUGAAAACUAUUCGGAUGGAAUAUGAGAGGUACAUGGAGGAGAGCUCCCCCCGCUGGAAGCAGCAACUCAAGGAGAAAACACAGGCUGCUCAGAAGAAGAGGAUGGAGGAUUAUCUGCAGUCAUGUCUAAAGAGCACAGAGCAACGAGUGACCGAGUCCUCUGCAGAUCGACCUUUACCUUCACAAGGUGCUUCCACAAUGCCACAAAAAAUGUCUGCGCCUCUGCAGCACUACAGCCAAAACAGCCACUCAGACUACAGCACUCCUCACCUCCCCUACAUGCAGCCUCACUGGCAGAUUCACCCUCAAUCCCAGACACCUAGGUUUCCCAUCAGAGCGCCCUAUCAACCUCAGAGCACCUUUCAUGUCCCAUCUUUUCUCCUACCACCUCACCCAUUCCAGCCCUACCCUCUCACCUCCACACCCACUCAUCAUCACCCCAGACCCAGGCAGGAUCCACCAGGCUGGGCUUCCCAACAGCCCGACCACCCUUGGUCCUGGACUGUUGGUGCAGCUGCUGCUGGUGGUGGUGCAGCUGGGAUUCCUUCAGGCUCCGAGGCUCUGUGGGGUCAGCUCUACACGGAGGAGCCCCCUCCUGAGAUGAGGGUGGCGCAGGUGGUGGGAGAGGAGGCAGGCGCAAGCAGGGCACCGAGCUCAAAGAGGGAGAGAAGUGGCAGCAGCAGGAUCAGUCAUCUGUCCCAGGAGCUGGACAUCAAACCAGUUCGUCUGUCAGGUGGCCAUGCAGAGAGCAGUGAGAGCAGCAGGGAGUCCAGUCAGGCGAGCAGAGAGAAGAGGAAGAAAGGGGAGAAGAGAGGAGGAUCACAGUGCUCCUCCUCAGACUUAGAAAGGUGCAACUCUCAGGAGUCAUCUGGGACUUCCUGUGCCAUCAUGGUUGCCGCGGUCACAGUGGCCCAAAGCUCAGAAAGUGACAGCUCAUCAGUGAAAAGUAGAACCAGCUCUAGCAGGAGGACGAGGAGAAGUGGGGGGCUUGCUGUGGGAUCACCGAGUGCUGAGAAGGUGACGAAGGAAAGGACCAAGAGCAAGGGAGAUGACUCAAGUAGUCCAUCAACUAGUGAGGAGCUGGGGAGUCCAGUGGAGGAAUCCAAGAGUAAAAAAGUGGGGGAUCAAAGUCCUGAUGACAAAUCAGAGAGCUGUGGAGAGAAGUCUGGAUCCCAGAGGGAGGAGGACUCAGGAAGUGUUAGUAUAAAGAUUGAACAUGGAGAAGAAAUGGAAAAGCAGGAGAGCAGCAGCUCUGAGCAAGGCAGUGUGGGGGAAAAGGACCAGGAAGAAGAGGGGCAUGAGGAAGAUCUGGAAGAUGGAAAAGAUGAUGACGGUGAAGAAAAAGAGAACAGUCAGACAGAUGAAAAGCAAGAGGAGAGAGGAGUGGAGGAUGAUGAUGAGGCUUCUGAGGGAAAGAAUACAACAGAGGAAGAAGACGAGGAGCAUGAGAAGGAUCUGGGGGAUGGAUGUGAUGAUGGUGACGCUGAAGAAAAAGAGAACAGUCACACGGAUGAAGAGCAAGAGGAGAGAGGAGGAGUGGAGGAUGAUGACGAAGCUUCUGAAGGAAAGAGUACAUCAGAGGUAGAGGAGGCCAGAGCAGAGGAUGAGGAUGAGGAGUCGUCGUCGUCGGAGAAAGAUGAUGGUGAAGAAGAACAGUCAGACAGGUUGAAGAAUGAAGACAGUGAGAACGGAAAGAAGGGUUCAGCAUCUUCUCAGGAUGAAGAGGUGGAUGAGGAUGAGAGUGAAGGAGAUGAGGACAAGAUGGAGGAAGGAGAAUCAGAUGAAGGAGAGGAAGGAGCGGGGGAGGAGAAAGAGGAGCAGAGAGAUGGAGCAGAACCAGAGGACGAAGAAGAUUCAGACGACAGUAUCAUCUUACCACAGAACAAAGAAAAGGACCUGAAAGCCAACGAGGAAUCCAAAGCCGUCUGUGACAACGUUUUGGCUUUUCAAGUGAAGCCGGACAAAUCGAAGUCUGACCACCAAAGUGACUCUGAUGAGUUUGACGACUUCUAUGGCUAAAUGUGUUGUCUUAACUGCUGAAACCCAAAGGACAAAACACUACCUCAGAAUUUAGAGUAUAAAAAACUACUUAUGUUAAGUCAAUGCUAGAUUUGAUCGUUUUAUUUGAUUAGAGAUAUCU